AUCAAAAUUAACUAAAGUCGCAACCAUCUAUUGUUUGUUGUGAAUAAAAGAACGAUAUUGUCUAGUCUGUUGAAAUUUUCGAAAGUAAUAGUAACUAGAACGUUUCUUUCUUGGUCAGUUUUAGUGUCUAGAUAUUAUUCGCGGCUGUAUUCAAUUAGAACUUACUGAAAUGAAACAAUAACAAUUAUUAUUUUGUAUUCAUUAUCUUCUAUAGUUCAAAUGAGCGAUGUCCAGGAAAUAUCGAUUUACUGUCAGCGACAAAGCACUAAAUGACCAACAGAGGAAAGCAUAUGAUGAAAAUGGAUACGUUUUAGUGAAAAACAUUUUCCCCCAUACAUUACUUGAUGAAUUUAGUUGUUAUUUCGACGACGUUUGUGCUGGUAAAGUUGUUACAACUUCAAGGAUGGUGAAAGAUCCUCAACUUAAGAAACUAGGAGUCACAGGAAAAAAAGCUAUUUUCAAGCUGCAAGAUUUUCUCAACGAUGACUCCUUGUUCCGAUAUACAACCUUUCAACCCUUACUGGACGUUGUCGAAAGUAUAAUUGGUCCAGAUAUUGUGGCUGUCAACUCGAUGUUGAUUAACAAACCACCAGAUACCCACCCUGAUGAUUCUAGGUAUCCAAUUCAUCAGGAUUUACAUUAUCUUCCCUUCAGACCUAUCAAUGCUACUGUAGCUUCUUGGACAGCGAUGGAGCCAAUAGGCAAAGAGCAUGGAUGCCUCUUCACAUUUCCUGGAUCGCAUAAAAAAGGGAAUCUGUAUCCGCAUGACUAUUCUCAGGGUACCUCAAAUCCUCUAUUUCAUGGAGUGAUAAGCACAAUUGAGGAUCCUAGGACGUAUGUAACCAUGGACAAAGGGGAUACAAUGUUCUUCCACCCUCUACUUUUACAUGGUUCUGGCCCCAAUAUGACAUCAGAAUCCAGAAAAGUUAUAUCCUGUCAUUUCUCAUCAACUGAUUCUUAUUUCAUAGACGUAAGAGGUACCAGUCAAGAAGGUAUAAUGAAAGAAAUGGUAGAUUAUAUGAAUGGUUGGGUUGAAGAUUAUAUGAUGAUUUGGAAACUUAAAAGUAGACAUGUUUCUGGAAAAAAAGGAUCAUUCAUGGAUUUGAAAUGUCAUUUGUGACAAUUGUUUUGGAAAUUAAUUUCGAUUCCAAAUAUAUAUUAUGAAUACAGAUCUUAAUUUUUUGUUACUUUUUCCAAUAAAACUUCUGUAUAGAUCGA